ACACAUUUUGAAAUACGUUGAAUGUAAUGAACUAGUAAUGAAGUGCUUACUGCUUUCAUUUUUUAAAAUAUCAUUGUAUUAGUCCAUAAGUGAAAUAAUUUUUUGAUUAACUUAUGAUUAGAAGCAAAUGUUAAGAAUGUUUUCUAAAGUACAUACCCUUAAAUUAAUAUUAUUUUUAAGUUACUUAAUUAUAAAACUACCAGAAACUUUAGCCGAAGGAUUCGUAUUUAAUUAUAAUGCAGAAAAAUUUAAAGAACAAAUAAAAGAAAUGGAUGGGAACUUUAUAAUGUUUUAUGCACCUUGGAGCCGUCAUUAUGUUGAAUUCGAGCCAAGGUGGAAGGAUCUGGCUAAAUUUAUGAAUGUAAAUGAGUCAAAGCUUGCUAUAGCUCAAAUUGACUGCACUGUUAAUAUGAAGCUGUGCCAUGAGUGUGAUAUUACAGGAUAUCCGACAUUGGUCUACUAUCGCAAGAAUUCUUUUACCCCAACUGUAUAUAAUGGGACGAGAGACCUUCCAUCACUUACAAUGUUUUUGAGUGAAAUCAUCUCUAUAAAAGAUACGAAUCCUGAAAACUCUGAUGAUACAGCAAAUGUCUUGACAUACGCUGGUAUGGCUUACCUCAACGACAAAAACUUUGAGAAGUCUAUAGCAACUGGUCAACAUUUUAUCAUGUUCUUUGCACCAUGGUGUAGUGCUUCACAAAGACUGGCACCAGAAUGGUCAGAACUAGGCAUAUUCUAUGCCCGGAACGAUGAUAUACAGAUUGGCCAAGUAAACUGCCUGUUAAGUGCGGCCACUUGCAAGAAAUUAGGUAUUAAAGACUACCCUAAGCUGUUGUGGAUUCAGAACAGAACGUUGAUCCGCAACGCUAUCGGUUUGGAAACAAUGGACGAACUGUCGAACUACGUAGAGAAGAUGCUAGUAUCAGACAAACACGAUCCGGUGAAAUUUAUGAAAAAAGAGAAAGUAUUGCCAGUUGCGAGAAUUACGGAAGACACAUUUGAGACGUUUCUGGAAAAGGAUUUAGUGUUUAUAAAUUAUUUCGCGCCUUGGUGUGCUCAUUGUAUGCAAUUAAAUUAUCUCUGGCGGCACUUGGGCGUUAGGUUCCAAGAUGAGAGUAGAGUGCUGAUAGCCGAUGUUAAUUGUGUCCAUUCAAAGACACUAUGUGAAACUGAGAAGGUAAGUAUGUUUCCAACUCUUAGACUUUACAGACACAAUGAAUUAGUUUAUUCAGGAGAUGGUUCCAUGCCCAUAGAGAAUAUUGUAUUACUUAUUAAGGAGCAUUUAGAUAGUCUUAAUGACAAAUUUUCUGAUAAUAUAACCACAAGUGAUUCCAGCCCUUAUAAUGUUGCAAGUCUAGAGAAAAUUGUAGAAGACAUAAAACAGAAAGGAAAUAUCAAAGAUUUGAUUGGUGAAAAAGAAGUUAAAGAUGACGGGGAUAAGGAACACACCAAAGAUGAAAAUGUAGAAAAAUUGGAAGAAAAAGAAGGUGAGAGCGCAAGAGUUGAAACUGAUGUUAAAGCAAGUGAGAUAAAUUCGAUUGCCAGAGAUGAACUAUAAAAUUUAAAUGUGAUAGGUGAUCUUAAAUACAGAAAACCAUGAAAAGCUCUAAGUUCUCAAUCAGAGCUCUGUAUUGAAUGUAAAUACUUUAGUGAUGUGUAGCACAUCAUUAACGUCAUAAGGCAGGCUGCUACCGCUGUGUUAUUCAUGAAUAAUAUUGUGUUUCAUCUUUGUCAAUGUCAAAUGGUAGAAAUCUUUUAUGUAGAAAUUACAGCUGACAUGUCAUUUUGAUAUAGUGAAAAAAAUUAAUUGAACUGCAGUGGGUGGGACCUAAUAUGAUUUAGACCUACUUAUUAAACUAAAUGAAACCCCUAGUAUGACCUUGGAAUUUUGUUUGAAAGACUUGUACCUGCAUUUAUCAAUGUAAUCGAAUCAUUGGGAAUUUAUAUGUUUGUUUUCCAAACCCUGUCUGUUGGGAUUAGAGAAAAUUUUUAACACUUUGGUUAUCUGUAUUCAUAGCACAAAAAAGUUACAUAAUAACUUUUUUAAUUUGUUAUUUUAUAGCACUCUUGUCUAAUUAAUAUUCAAAAUAUUGUGAAACGGUAUGUCACAUGUUAUAUACAUUGUUGUAUCAGUAUGUGGGACCAAAAAUAGAUCAGUUUUGAUAAUAUU